AGCGCCCUGCCUGCUCCAUCAACGUGAUACCUUUCAAAUACUUUGAUUUACUUCUUGAUAUGGCUCCUCAGAAAGAAGUAGUGCUCAAGCUAUCUUCGAUGCGCUACCUGAAACCAGGUGUUUCCGAAGAAGAAUUCCACGAAUACGCUAGCAAGCACCACGCGCCCAAAGCUGCGCUCAUUCAAGCUCGCCAUGGAGCGCUGAACGUAACUCAAUAUCAUACUCCCACGGCGUGUCGCCAACUCCUCCAAGAGAAACUUCCCUGGGCCGUCAGGCCUGGGUGGAAGAUAGACGACCACGACAUCACUAUUAGCGUCUGGGUGCGCUCCACGGACGACAUGCUGAAGAUUGUGAUGGAUCCAGAUUUUCAAGCGCUCGUGGCUGAGGAUGAGAUGACGACGGAUGGAUCGAAGGGUACUAUCAGCGCCGGGUGGGAGGAGAUGUAUGUCGAGGAUGGAAAGAUCGUGAAUGUGGAAGAGGGGAAGAGUACCGAAAUGAGCUUGGCAACUUCCUGGGCCUUUCGCAUUCGGUUGGCGUUGUGA